CCGAAAACCCUUCUCCCUAGCAUCGACAUUUGAUUCAAAAUCCCAAGCUGUCUGGAUUCAAUUGAGAUCCAACUUCCGAUUUCAUAGUCCAAUUUCUUUGUUGUUGAACCAUUUCCUGCUGGGUACCUUGAAUCGAAGCUCUCAUGGCAUCGAAGAAGAAAGAAUCCGAAGGGAUAGCUUUACUCUCGAUGUAUAAUGACGAGGACGAUGAGAUGGAAGACGUUGAAGAUGUAGAAGAAGAAGAAGAAGACAGUGAACUGCAGCAGCAGAGGCAAGAAGAGGGAGGAGAGGAUGAUUAUGGAGUUAGGGUUGCAGAAGAAGAGUCAGCUGUAAACAGCGAUAGAAUGAUUGUCAGUGAAUCUGCUAAUUAUUCGACGCCGCCGGUUGAUGAUGAAAAUUUCACUCCAGAUAAGCUCAAAUUCGGGUCUUCCACUCCGCAGCCGCCCCAGGCUGUUGUUUCAACGUCGCCAAUGCUAUUACAAGAUAAUUCUGGUAGAAGAAGGGGGACGCUUGCGAUAGUUGAUUACGGUCACGACGAAGCCGCAAUGUCUCCAGAGGCUGAGGAUGGAGAAAUUGAAGAAUCUGGUCGUGUCACAUUUGGCGAUGAGCUUUUAGGCACCAAUGGUGAUUUUGAUAGAACAUCUCCCGGGACUUUUAGAGUUCCAACACCAAACAAUUUAGCCACUCCUCAAAUUUCUGAAUCACCACAUUCUGGUUCAAUGAACAACAUGAUACUGGAGUCUGAAACUGAAAAAGUUGAGGAAACUGUUGAAGAGGAGAAAAAAGAUAUCGAUCCUUUGGACAAGUUUCUUCCGCCACCACCAAAAGACAAAUGCUCAGAGGAGCUGCAAAGGAAAAUCAACAAGUUUCUUGAGUAUAAGAAAGCUGGAAAAAGCUUCAAUGCUGAAGUACGCAAUAGAAAGGACUACCGGAAUCCAGAUUUCUUAUUACAUGCUGUGAGGUAUCAAGAUAUUGACCAGAUUGGGUCUUGCUUCAGUAAGGAUGUGUUUGACCCGCAUGGAUAUGAUAAAAGUGACUACUAUAAUGAAAUAGAGGCUGACAUGAAACGUGAGAUGGAGAGGAAGGAGCUGGAAAGGAAGAAAAGUCCGAAGAUGGAAUUUGUUUCAGGAGGAACACAACCUGGUGGUACAGUUGUGAAUGCUCCUAAAUUAAAUAUACCUUUUUCAGGUGUUUCAGCUAUCGUUGGUAGUGGUCUACAUUCAGCAGCUUCUGCAUCUGAUGCCAUUCCUAGGGAUGGAAGACAAAACAAAAAAUCAAAAUGGGAUAAGGUAGAUGGUGAUAGAAGAAACCCAGUAAUUUCUGGUGGCUCAGAUGCAGCUAGUGCUCAUACAGCUUUACUAUCUUCUGCUAAUGUUGGCUCUGGAUACAUGGCUUUUGCGCAACAGAGACGGCGAGAGGCUGAAGAAAAAAGAUCCAGUGAGAGAAAGUUGGAUAGAAGAUCCUAGGAGCUAUGAAUUCUGUUCCAUAACAUUUAGUUCUAAACCAUUUUGAAAGGCUAGGGAAAUGGCCACAUUGUAGCUUUAUAUCUGUGACUCUAACCAUAUAUACGGUCAGAAUGAAAAUGUAAUACAUCAGUUACCGUUUGUUUCCUCU